UCGAAAGGGUUUAUAACCGGAUUUCUGCUCGCCGGUCACCCAAUCUGGUACUUGGCCGUCGAAGUCUCCGAAAUGGGUUCAUACAUCAACACUCUCUCACUCCAUUCUCCCCUACGCCUUCACAUAAUUCCCAAAUCUCAAACACUCCUUGAACAAAAUUCAUCACUACUACUUCAAAAUUCACUUCGUUUCAAUUCCAUGCUCAAAAUUUCCCAAAAACCAACUUCUAUACUCUCUUAUCUCAAGAAACCCAUUUCGUAUUAUCCCCUAAUCACCUCAUCCUCUUCGACCCAGAAAGGGAUCACCAAUUUCGUGUCUGAAAAGAUUGUAGUUUUGCUUGUCGGGUCAUUCGUUUUUAUGGGGUGUUUCAAUAAGAAGCCUGUAUUAGCACAGCCCACCAAUGAGACUACUGAAAGUCAAAUCUCAGAGACACAAGAUAGUACAUUCGACGAGGAAGAGAUGAUGUAUAUGAGAUUAGUGGAGGACAAUCCAAAAAGUAUCGAGGCUUUGAAGUCGGUUUUCCAUUUGAAGAUGAAGAGAGGGAAAACUAAAGAGGCUAUUGGUUAUGUGGAGAGGCUAAUUGAUGUUGAACCUAAGGAAGUUGAGUGGAGGCUGUUGCAGGCUCUAUGUUAUGAGAUGAUUGGUGAAUACAGUAAGGCUAAGAGUUUUUUCAAGAAAAUCUUGAAGGGGAGGCCCCUCUUGCUUAGAGCUUUGCAUGGACUUGCUAUGCUAAUGCACAAGAAUCAUGAAGGACCGGCUGUGUUUGAGAUGCUGAAUAAGGCUUUGGAAAUCGCUCAACAAAAGGAAAAAGUCCCAGAAGAAAGGAAUAUAAGAAUAUUAAUUGCACAAAUGCAUGUUGUGAAGGGGGAGUUGGAUGAUGCUUUGAAACUAUUCAAAGAUCUUAUAGACGAGAAUCCUAGGGACUUCCGGCCGUAUCUUUGUCAGGGAAUCAUCUAUAGCCUACUUGAUAGAAAGGAUGAAGCUGAAGAACAGUUUUCAACAUACCAAAGCCUCCUACCAGAUGAAUUUCCUGAAAGAGGAUUCUUAGACGAUGUCGUUUUGGCAGCAAAAACGGAAAUAAGACAGAAGCGCAAGAAUGAGUUGAAACCCGAGUUUUUCAACAAGAAAUAGACAUCCAUUGAAUUCACGAUGAUAUCGUCUAGAUGUGCUCAAGGAGGUCGUCACGUAUUAUUCAUUUUUCAGCGAGCUUUUGGAGUAGGUAAUGAGGUUUAGCUGGAACGUUAGUUCGGUUUGCAAAAUGCAAAGGAUGUGUUAUGCUCGUGACUCGCAAAGAAAAACGAGCCUUGGUGCAUAGUGGUAUGUUUCUAGUGUUGGGGUUAUGUCUACAACGACAUCAUUUGAUCGAAAAAAUGUUUAUUUGGUUGGAGAUUUUGAUUUUUGACUUUGAAGACUCUUUUAGAGAUAUUCUAAAUAUCCGAGAACAUAUCGAACUUUUGUACAAACUAUGGCUCGAUCCGAUUGAUAUUUUGAUCCGUAAUCGUAAACGGAAUCAAAUAACCCGGUUCCAAUUAUUUAAGCUAAUCUACGAUAUAUUGAAUUACUUC